UCUUGUCAAUAUCAGGACAACACGACCAAUGGAAUUGGUUUGUAUGGAUUUUUUAUCAUUGGAACCUGACAGUAAAAAUACUAAGGACAUUUUGGUAAUAACAGACCACUUCACAAAAUAUGCAGUGGCCUUGCCUACGCGAAAUCAAAAGGCAACCACAGUUGCAAAAUGUCUUUGGGAACAGUUCCUUGUGCACUAUGGGUUUCCUGAGCGGCUCCAUAGCGAUCAAGGUAGAGAUUUUGAAUCUCGGGUGAUUAAGGAACUAUGUUGUUUGACUGGUAUCAGGAAAGUAAGGACAAGUCCAUAUCAUCCCAGAGGUAAUCCAGUGGAGCGAUUUAAUCGCACACUUCUUAGUAUGUUGGGUACGUUGACAAAUGAGCAGAAAACUCACUGGCGUGAUUACGUCAAAACUCUCGCUCAUGCGUACAAUUGUACGAAAAAUGAAGUCACUGGAUUCAGUCCUUAUGAGCUAAUGUUUGGCAGGCAACCCAGACUACCUGUUGACCUUGCAUUCAACUUGCCAGUCAAAGAGGCACAAGCACCGACACACUCUCAGUACGUCAGUAACUUGAAAGCUCGUCUGGAGGAGAGCUAUCAAAAUGCCUUUGCAAACGCAGAGAAAGUUGCAAAAAGAAACAAGCAGCAUUUUGACAAACGUGUUAGGGAAUCCACCCUUGCUGUGGGGGACAGAGUUCUAGUAAGAAACUUGCGCUUGAGGAGCAAACACAAACUGGCUGAUAAGUGGGAGCCCACAGUCUAUCAUGUUUUGAAGCAAAUGGGAGAUUUGCCAGUGUACAUGGUUCAGCCAGUGAAUGGGGAUGCUCCAGCUCGAACCCUUCAUAGGGAUCUUCUACUACCUUGUGGAAAUUUAUCUGAAAUGGACGAAAAUGAGGGUAACAUACCAAAACCUCCCUGUCGACCCAGAACUAGACAAACUCAGUCUCAGAAUCCUGCACAAGAAUGUUCUGAUUCUGAUGAGGAUUAUGAAGUACUACAUAGUGAGCCGCUGAGUAACACUGAGACCUUUACCAAAGUUUAUGACAUUAACCAAGGAGGGGUCCUUUCCAGUGCUCCAGAAGGUCAAAUGCCCAGUGACCAGGUUACACCUGAAAACCCUUCACUUCUCCCUGAAAGUGAUUCUCAGCAAAUGUUGGAAGGGGAGACAGGAAAUGACAUUUGUGAAAAUAUCGGUAAUGAGGAGGUUGAUAAUGCAGCUCAGUUCCCUGGCAUGGAUGAGACGCAGUCAAUUCCAGGCAGUGAUAACAACCAUACCGAGUGUUUGACAGAUGCAGUGGAGCAUAUGCUGAGUCAGGGACAGAAUAUAACACCCCCUGUUGAUGAAGCUGUUGUCACACAGACCGAAAAAAGGGAGGAAACGGUGGAAUUAAAUGACGAUGACACAGCACUAAGAAAGUCUGAGCGGUUAAAAAGACCACCACGUCGGUUUCAUUAUCCGCAGCUUGGAACGCCUCUGAUUUCUUUUGCUCAGAGUUUAUUGGAAGGUUUUAAUCGCGCACUUGAUUCUAUACACGAGACUGAUCACCAUCUAGUGUAUGAGAUAUAGUUAUUGACACGAUGUAACAUGAUGGGACUCAUGUUAUUUUUUGGGGGGGAGGGUGUAACCCACUUAGAAAAAGCAUUUAUUUUUUCCUACAGGUUUUUAAAGGGUUAAUUUUCCUAUUGGCAAUUAAAGGGUUAAUUUUUCCUUUGCGGUAGAGAUGGUUUGGCCCUCCAGGCAUACCAUGCAGGGCUCUGUGGAGGGUGCCAUCUUGUGUCUGCGUUUUUUUCUUGCAAGCACGAGGCAGAGAAGGAGCUGCGUGACCAGCAGAGAAAGAUCGGCAGUGUUAUGUUACGGUUACGUUGUGUGCCGAAAGAACAUUUUCAGAGCGGCUACGUUGUGAACGCGUGUCGUGUUUAAGAAUUCUUGGAAACUCCGAAUUGUUUUGAUGACCCUCAAUUGUAGCUCGGACUACAAUUCUUCGUUGGAAGUGGAUGGCGAGCCAGGCGUAGAACGAGAGUAUCCUGUUGAAGAUUGACGUACAGUGUGGCCAGCUGUUACUGAUUCCCAUCAACAGGAUUUAACCCAAUCUGACAGGACAAGAGAUAAGGAAUAUUCCUAUACACAUUCAUUUAUCCUACCCGGGUAGAGAACAAAUUGAGUGCACAAACGAGACAAAGGACAAUUUAUUUUAUACUAUUUUUUAUAAAGCUGAUUUAUUUUGUAAAAGAAUUCAGUUUUAGGAACAAAUUAUUGUUUAUGUUGUUUUUCUAUUUUGUGUUGUGAAAGGUAAUGUAAUAAACCUGCCCUCUGUUAUUUAAACACAUUGUUUUUUCUUCUCUUCAUAAAUAGAACCUAGUAACUUUGUAUAGCUUUUGCUGGUUAAGUUUGACACAAGUGCUACAUAAAACUUGGCGAGCCAGCCAGGAGAGAUUUAAGUGUUUAAAUCUUUAGAGUUAAAUCCAAAUACAGUUGGGCAGUUUUAUUACAGAACCUUAAUUUUUCUGAUAUUCCUGCUUGCACAAUGGAGGUUGUAGCAGCUGAAAAUGUAAAAGUACCAAACUCA